AGUAUUUCACAGGACAUUAUACGAGAUGCAUUUGAAUUUGAAUUCAAGGAUCAAAUUAAUCCAGGAGAAGGUAUAAUUAGACAACCUUAUUCUUCCUAUAAUUUAUUACCAGUAGAUAUAGUGGGAGGAAAUCAAAUGUAUAAUUGAAUCCUGAAAGAAUAUUUGCAUCUUAAAUGUUAGUUAAGAAGUCGGAUGUAUUGUAUGUGUUUAGUUUGAAAAUUGAAGUUGGGAACACGUAUUGUCCAUAUAUUAAAUUUAAUUUAUUAUCAGUUGAUGUUACUCGAGUGGGGUGUAUUGACUGUUUUAAAUUCUAUUUGUGCUAACGGCAAUAAUUUAAAAUUCGUAACAGUGCCUUGGUCAGAUGUUCAAGACUCUGUGAGAACUGAGAUGGUCGAGUAUGUAAGAGAGAUGAUGUCAUCAAGUGGUGUGUCAUUACCAACAAGAAGCAUUAUUGGAAAAAGGAUUAAAAGAUAUUAUAGGAGUCAAAGACACCAAGCUCAAAUUAAGGCAGACAAGGAGAAAAGAAGGAGACAGCGGUUUCUUAACAAAAGGAACCGUCUAACAAUGGUAGGAUUAUACUAUAUUUUUUACUUUCAUACUCAAAUGGCUUAGAUGAGGGGAAAGUGAAUGGAGGGAUAUCGAGGUAGGGUGUUCAUGCCAGGACAAGUGAGGGACAGGAUUAAUGUAUUCUCCACUGCCUGGUUGUUUACAGCUGGCAGAUUAAGAUAAUUAACGCAGGGAUUAGUGAGAAAUUAAAUUUGAAUGAAUUCACAUAAAUAAAUGUAAGCUUAUUAAAGUGCCUAGCACAUGUACUUGUGUACACUACGUGUGCUUGCGAAUUGACUAAUGAUUGUUGCAUCACUUGCAUGUGCAUUAAUUCACGUGAUUACUGACAUCAGAUGGACCAGGGCCUUUGUGGUGUCACAUUCCAUGCAUUUCAAAGGACACAUCCUAAGAAUGUGGAUAGAUUCUGGAAAAACCUCGCUAUACAGUUACUGAAGUGCCACUGACCAGUUGUUAUUAUUGUAUCAUUAUUUAUAACUAUUAUAAUUAUUUGUUAACAAACUGCUGUUCCUUUCUUUCCACAAUGGCUUCAAUUAAUCAAUGUCUCAUAAAUGUACCAAAAUGUUAACUUCCAGGAAAAGAGAGACAGGGAAGUAAGGAAAGCAUUGGAAAGGGAGGAGUUGAGCAGUGAAGAGAUAAAGGAGCUGAGAAGUACGAUUGCCCCAGUGGAAGCAAAGGAAGUGGUAGUUUACGAUUCUGAGGAUGAGGAUGCACGCUCUGACCUUCUCCUGAAACGCAAGAUCAGUUUGGAGAGAGGCAGGAAAACAGCCAGGGAAAAUCAACGCAGGGGAAGUCGCCUGCUGGCUCUUCUUAGUGGUAAUAAGGCACCCAGUCAGCAAGUGUCUGUCAAAGACCUGAUGGAGCUGGCAAAAGAGAAUGUUCCACUGCCAGCAGCUAAGGCUCCAUCAGCUAGUCUGACCCCUCGGAGGUGCUGUACAACAUCUACUGCUGAUGCAGCCUUACGUGCACAACAAAAGAGGGGCAGGCUAGCAUUAACUAGAAAGCCUCAAACAAGCAUAGGUAAGUUAUCUUUGGGCCCAUCAAGUGAACGCAGCAACCUCAUGGUGGCUGCUGGGGCACUGCGCUCCUCA